GCAGACUGAAAACAACAAAACGCAUUUAAAUCACAUGACCUGUCGUCAGGACGUGUUCGUAGCUCAUCCGGGUCAAAAGGCGUCAGCAUGGACACGGGGGAUGUUCUUGCAUCUCUGGGGGUAGAGGGAGCGACCGCGGCUGCGCAUGCGCUCUCUCUUCCAGCAGAGGCGUACGGAAAUGAUGCCCAGUUGGAAGUCAUGUGGGCUAUGAAAGCCUACAAUCACGCGGAAGUUUACUAUAAUCUUAUUUCCUCAGUUGAUCCCAAACUUCUAAAACUAACAAAAUCCGACGAGCAGAUAUAUACUAAGUUCCGGGAAGCGUUUCCUGACCUCAGUAUUGAAGUCCUGGACCCGGAGCUGCUGAAGUCAGCAGACGCUAAAGAGAAAUGGAGGCCCUUUUGUAACCAGUUUGAAGGAGUUGUAGAGGACUUCAAUUAUGGUACAUUAUUACGUCUAGACUGUCAGAAGGACUACACGGAGGUGAACACGAUAUUCGGACACGGCUACAUUCUAUAGGCUCCACUACCGAAGAACGCCAGAUCAACAAUAAAGCCACGAGAGACUGGAAGCCUGUGAGAUUAAAAAGCAGGGAAAACAGUUUGACGAAAGCUCAGAGAGCAACUUCACCACAACCAAGUCACUUUAAUCAAAUCCACAGAAGAUAUGAUCGAACCCUUCAGAGACAAAAGGGGAAAGGUUACGCGUGCGUUCUCCAAUGAAUUUCACACGAGGACGGGGUCGUUUUAGGACCAUUCCCAGGCCAGCAGUAAGCAGAUCUAAACAUCCUCUGUGACGGAGGUGGUGGGGAUGUUGACGCAAGACGGACUUCAUCAUGCCCAAGAUUUGAGGGAAACGGUAUUCCUUCUGAAAACGUUAACGCAAGAUGUUUUGUGUAUUUACAGAGCUCCCGUUUGCGUUCCAUAGAGUCAAUUCGAAGGGGGAAAAAUAAUAAAUGUACAACUUGUGAUCCUAUUCAACGUUUCAUCCCUCCCCUUCUGCGGACAGCUGUCAAUCCCAGCACUCACGCCUCAAUCCCACAUCGUCACCCAGAUAUAAACGACUCUCCAUACAGACAAACCCACACUUCAGCACAGUUGCGCUAACUUACUAGACUGUAAAAAGUUUUCAAUCGCACUCAAUAUUUGUCUUAAAUCGUAAUCAUUAUAAACAUUGUUGAAAAUGUUAUGAAAAAAAUGUACACUUU